UUGUUUGUAUUAAAGACCCAAAGAACUUUUGGUUGAGGCUUUUGCGUUCAAUUCGUGGAAAUACCCAACAAAAGUCGUUCAAAUUGAAUCGUUUUUAUUAGGAAUUGAGUGAUGAAGAUUGUAAUGUGGUACAUAACCUCAAAACGUAUUUAAAGUCUAUUUUUCGCUUGUUUUUUUCCAGAACUGCUACGUUUUCGUGUGGUUCUCGGUUGGAAAUUGUAAAUCGCGUGUUCUAAAUCUGUUGCCACUUUGUUUAACGCAAAAAUGUGCGUAAUUAAUGCCCGUUCGAGUUUAUUCUUGCGGUGGUAGUGUUAUGGACUUUCCCGUUUUUACAAUUGCGCAAAGUUUAUUUUGAUUCGAGGCGUGUUUUAUUAAUAAUUUUAUCAUGAGAAUUAUUUCAAAAUUUCGUAUUUGUUGUAUAUAAUGCAAAUAAAAGUGCUAAACAAUGAUCAUAACAUUAAUCGACGAUUGUUAACGAAGAUGUCCGAGGAUUGUUGUAGUCAAAACAAUGUUAAUUUGACUGGAUGCUUGGAAAAUUUAAAUUCGUUAAAUAAUAUUGUAGCCACCGAGAAAAUCGAUUUAAAUUUACCGUAUGAUCAUAUGUACGCGUCUAAUACAGAAAAUUUCAAUUUAAUCAACAAUUCCAACUUUAACUGUCAAAACGCCGAAAAUGAGGUUAAGUUUUUGAAAGAUUGGCUGUUAACCAAUUUGGAUUUGAUACAACAGCAAAACGACGAAAUUUUAAAUAAGGAAAAGACCAUACACAUUUUAAAACAAGAAAAUGAAAUGCUUAAAGAACGUAUAAAUUGCCUGGAUAAUAGCGCUUACCAAAGUACUGAUCUGAAUCACUACGAAACUCAGGAGAACUCGUGCGGGAAUGUUCUAGAGGAAAUGACUCAUGACGCUUCUCACGCUGACGACAAUACCAAAUCCGCCACAUACGUUGAGCCGCAAAGUGAUAUCAAAGAACCAAUUUACGAAAUAAUCGCAACCGAAUGCAGGCACGCGCAGGAUAUAUUCGCGUCCGAGAAUAACGCUACGAAAGCGGGUACAACGGAAGGUAUCUCCGAUGACAUGGUUAACAGUUCGGUCGACGAUACCUUGAAAGAUAUCAAAAUGAGUAUUAGAAGGAAACGUUUGUGUAGUAGUUCGUCUGUGAUCUCGAACACCGAAGUUUCGUUAGAAGAAUCGCACAGUUCACGAAAGAAGAAGAAAAGAAAAAGUUCAUUGCGCGAUGACAAAAUUCUUAUGUCCGCCGAUCCUUACGUGACGCAAAGUGGAAAUCUUGCCGCCAUACCGCAAGAGCUCGAUUCAUCUUCGACGAUACCAUCGGCGACAAAUCUGGAGGUACCGAGAUGGCGAGUGAAAGUUUACACCAGUUGCUACUCAAUGGAAGGUACGGAAAAUCUAGACGACGAAGUUUAUAACAAGAGACACAUGCGAUUAGAAAAUGACGAAAGAAGACGAAAAAGAUGGGACGUUCAGAGGAUACGUGAGCAACGAAUAGUGGAUAAAUUGAAACAGAGACAGGAGCGUGUCGGAUCCGGUUCAAGAGUCGACGACCAAAUUGAAUCGGUAGUGUCGCUAUGGCCGCCAUUAGAAGAUAUAAAAUACCUCGAAGUUUGUGAUAAUUUACCUGUAUCAGCAUUCGGAGCACCUAUAGUUCGUUUUACGCCAAUGGAAUUUUCAUUACCGUGGCUAAGCAAUUCUGAAGCACCACAAGACACAUCAAAAAAACACAACCAUAGAAAAUCCACUAUAAAAAGGAAAGCGACAAAGAGAUAAAUUGUAAAGAUUUUCGCAUAGACCUUUAUUUUAGUGAUGCUUUAGAUCUCUUAGUUUUUCUUUGUGAAGACUAACUUGGACUUUGUGCAGAAUUAACCAAAUGAACUAAGUGAUAAGUUGAUGUGCUAAUGAAAAUUUGAGGAAGAUAAUAAGUAGAAUUUUUUUCAUUUUUAGAACCAUUUUAAAUUAUUCCUAAAUCAAUUCGGUGAUUUAUGUUCAUGUAUAUUUGAUAAUUGUACAUAAUGCAAAAUAAAAGUUUUAUAAAAAAUU